AUGUCAGGACCCUACGACCAAUACAACCAAGGCUAUCAACAGUACCCACCUCAAGGCCAGGGCUACCAACAGCAACAAGGCUAUGAGCAGGGCGGUUAUCAACAGCAAGGCUACCCAGCCCACCAACAAUAUGGCCAGCAACAACAAGGCUAUGGCGCGCCCCAGGGCCAGUACGGCGCACCUGCGCAUGGCGGCUUCCAGCACGGUCAACAAGUAACGCCGUACGGUCAGCAACAGCAAGUUGGUUAUACGCAACAAUCACAGUACCCUGGUCCUCAAGCUCACAACCAAUUCCCUCAACAAGGGGCAUACAGCCAAGACCAAUACCCUCAAGGCCAGAAUGCAAACGGCCAGCAUUACGGUUCAACCGAUCCCAGUACACAGGCUGAGGGUGACCGAGGCCUUAUGGGCGCCCUGGGAGGCGGCGCAGCGGGCUACUUUGGAGGCAAGAAGUUGGCAGGCCAUGGCAUCAUCGGUGCUCUAGCAGGCGCAGUCAUGGGUUCCAAGCUCGAGGACAAGCACAAGAAGAAGAAGCAAAGCACCAAAUGGUGA